AGUAUUUCUAUCUCGCCAUUUUGACCUCGCACAAGAAAGAAAAGCGACAGAGAGAUAAGAACAUCAAGAAUGGCAAUGUAUACCCAGAAAUUUAUUGGAAAUGAACCGUAUGGAUUUGAAGAUCAUGUUCAAGGAUACAGACUAAUGUAUCAAGCACCUGAAGAAUCUGAGUUUGGAAAUCCUAAUUAUUCUUAUGAGGGUAGUCCAGGAUAUAGGCGAGAGGCAGGCUUUGAUGAAGCCUAUGAUUAUAAUGACUCUGGAUUUGGUGAUGAGCAAGGUUACAGAGCAGGAUAUGACAGAAACCGUGAUCGAUUUAGAGACCAUGAGCGAGAUGAUCGUAGAGGACGAGAUGAAACAGAUUAUAGAGAUCGUGAAAGAGAGCGAGACAGGUCAAGAAGAAAAGAUCGUGAAAGAGAUAGGAGAAGAGACAGAAGAAGAGAUCACAGAGACCGUGAUGGAAGGGAAAGGCGAGAAAGAGGCAGAGACCGUGAUGAUCGUGGUCGAAGCCCAGCCAGAUCUGAUGAGUCGUAUGAGGUAUCCCAACCAUCAACAGUUGAAUAUGACGAGAGGGACAGCCGCGGAAGUGUGGACAGCCGAGAGUCAAGGGAAGAAAGAGGUGGAGAGAAAUGGAUGACUGAUACACCAACGCACACAAUCUUACUUCGAGGCCUACCCCCAGAAGUUGAUGAAAAAGAUAUCCGUGCAGAAUUGAUGAUGUUGGGUACACCUGUUAAAGAUGUUCGCUUAAUGAGGAGAAAAGAUACAGGUGCAUCCCGUGGCUUUGCUUUUGUGGAGUUUCAGAACGUAGCCGACUCUCAGCGCUGGAUGGAUCAGACUCAGGGUGUCUUGGUUUUGCUGAACCAGUAUGUAGUGCACUUGUACUACAGUACUCCCAAGACUGGUGGAGAAAAGGUGGCUGACCACAAAACCGACUGGAGCUGCAGUAAAUGUGGAGCACACAAUUUCAAGAGAAGAGAUUACUGUUUCAAGUGCGGGGUUUCAAGAGAAGAAUCGGACAGAACCAAAGAAAGUGAUGGGUACGAUCAAGUGGGUACAAAUCCUUGCAACACUCUCAUAUUCCGAGGAUUAGAUGCUCUGAGUACAGAAGAAAAAUUAUUAGCAGCCAUCAACCAAGCAGCAGUAGUGACUGUCAAAAACAUCAGAAUCAUUAGAGAUCCUUUGACCAAUACUUCACGGGGUUAUGGAUUUGCAGAGAUGUCUUCCAUACAAGAAUCCACCCAGCUUCUAGACACCUUGACCAACAUGAACCCUUCCUUUGAACUGGAUGGCAAACUUAUUCUUGUCUCUUUUGCCAAAAACACGUUUAAUACUGUAAUGGCAACUUUAGGAAACCAGAGUACAGCAUACUAUGGCCAAACUUCAGAAUACCAGACCUAUGACUACAGUGCUUAUGACCAGAGUGGUCAAUACUAUGACUAUUCUGCCUAUUAUGGUCAAACAGCUGGAACGGCUAACACUGCAGCAGCUGUUGCUCAGGCAGCUAUUCAGCAAGCCCAAGCUGCCAAACAGUUUAACAAACCAACGGAUGAAGGUGCUGAUCAGACUGAUGUUACUACCUCCAGUCAAACUGCCUUUCCUGGCGAUUAUCCAAAAUAUCCUCCACCAGAUGUAUCCACCUACCAAUACGAUGAAACCUCAGGUUACUAUUAUGAUCCCAGUACAAGUCUCUAUUAUGACCCUAGCUCACAGUACUACUAUAACUCCCAGACAAGCCAGUUCAUGUAUUGGGAUGCUGAGAGAUCAACAUAUCUUCCAGCACCAACGCAAAGUGGAGAGACAGAUCCAAAUAAAGAAUCUAAAAAAGACAAGGAAAAGAAAGAAAAAGUGAAAAUUGCAAAGAAAAUUGCCAAGGAUAUGGAGAAAUGGGCCAAGAGCCUGAAUGCUCAGAAAGACGCAAUGAAAGAGGGCAUCAAGAGGGUUAUACAACCAAUGGGACCUCAGAAACUGGAGAGAGAAUCUGCCACAGCUGAUGCAGGAUUUGCUAUCAUGGAAAAAGUUAGCACUGAGAAAACGAAAGAAGAUCAUCGGCUUAUGCCUCCACCACCUAUGCCGAACAAGGCAGACAAAUCAGGUGGUAAAUCAAGUUUAGUGGAUUAUGGAGGUGAUAGUGACUCAGAGGAAGAUGACUCAUCCAGUAGUUUACCAUUGAGUGAGAGAUUGGUGGACUGGGGAAAAAUGGCAUGUCUUUUGUGCAAGCGACAGUUCAACAAUCCAGAAAUGUUAAACAAACAUACACAACUAUCUGAUCUCCACAAGCAAAACUUGGAAGCUUUGAUGAAAAGCAAAGUCAAUGCAGCGCAGAUGGAGGCUUUUGAUAAAGGGAAAGAGGCUUACCGAGACCGUGCUAAGGAGAGACGCCAGAAAUAUGGAACAGGUGCUCCUCCAGUCACAAAAAAGAAACCAGUCAGCAUGUUUGAAGACACAGUCAUACCUGAACAGCCCACUAAAGCUGGGCUAGGACAGGAUAACAUUGGUAACAAACUCUUACAGAAGAUGGGUUGGUCACUUGGGCAAGGAUUAGGGAAAGCUGGCCAGGGAAUAGUGGACCCAAUACAGGCACAGAGAAGAGUGGUGCAAGCUGGACUUGGCGCUCGUGGAUCAAACGUUACUUCAGCACCUGGAGACACAUACAAAGAUGCUGUGAAGAAAACAAUGUUUGCGCGCUAUCACGAGAUUGAAUGACCUUUAACUUUAUUGUUUAGACCAAUAUUUAAUUUUCCCCGUCCCUUCAGAAUUCCUGUCCAUCUCUGUAAAUAGUUUUAAGUUCAGUGAGAAUUCCUGAAGUGGUCAUUGACUUGCAGAAUUUGUGAAUUUUUUCCACUUCAUGAGAUCAUGAGAAUCAUUUGAUCAGAAUUCAUUCAGCACUUCCCCUUAAGGCCAGAUAGUAAUGUGACACUCAAGACUUGUCUGUCUCAUUAAGGUAGCUCAAUUAUUUAUCGAAAUUUGCAAUGGUCAGCCUUUUGCAUUAUCUUCUCACAAUCACUAGAAAUCAUUGUUUUUUUUUUCUUCUUUACAUGCCUUUUCUCAAAAAUAAAAAUUUGCUUGUUGUGCAAGGUACCUCCAAUAAAAUUGUUGUUUAGAAUCCUAACACUGGAUGUUGAAU